GGUAUAAAGAAGUGCUCUGGUCAUAUUCAACUCUCUCACACCAGCCUGGAGCGUUUGGAGCCGCUGUGCAUGACUCUCAUUCUGUCUGUUUACCUCCUCUCCACCUGUGAUUUCUCUCUUCUCUGCUAUGGUCCUCUACUUGCACGACUCUAAUUUAAGCACCACAGACAGCUCCAGUCUAAGCAGCGACCACCGCGACUCCACGACGCCCCAGAACCGCGAUGGGCUGAGCCGGAGCGGCCACACAGCGGUGGCAGUGUGCCUCGGCUUCAUUCUGGUGGCCGGGAUCCUCAACAACUCUCUGACGCUGCUGGUCUUCGCAAAGUUCCGCUCCCUGUGGACCCCCAUCAAUCUCAUCCUGUUGAACAUCAGCCUGAGCGACGUUCUGGUGUGCGUCUUCGGGACGCCGUUCAGCUUCGCCGCGAAUCUGCGCGGUAGGUGGCUCAUUGGAGAGUUCGGCUGUAAGUGGUAUGGGUUCGCCAAUUCCCUUUUUGGUAUUGUGUCCCUGGUAUCCUUGUCAGUACUUUCCUAUGAGCGCUACAACACUGUGCUGCAUUCCUCUAAGGUGGACGUCUCAGACUUCAGGAAAGCCUGGCUCUUCAUUGGAGGUACCUGGGUCUACUCUCUUCUCUGGACAUUCCCACCCUUCCUGGGUUGGAGCAGCUAUGGUCCUGAAGGUCCCGGAACCACUUGUUCUGUCCAGUGGCACCGGCGCUCAACCACCAGCGUAUCCUAUGUGCUGUGCCUCUUCAUCUUCUGUUUGCUGCUGCCCCUGAUGCUCAUGGUCUACUCUUAUGGACGAAUCCUGCUAGCUAUAAGGAGGGUGGGUAAGAUCAACCUGCUGGCCGCUCAACGCAGAGAGCAACACAUUCUGUUCAUGGUGCUGUCCAUGGUGUCCUGCUACAUGCUCUGCUGGAUGCCCUAUGGCAUCACGGCACUGAUGGCCACCUUCGGCAGGUCGGGGCUGGUCACUCCCCUGGCCAGCGUGGUGCCGUCCAUCCUGGCCAAGUUCAGCACCGUGGUCAACCCGGUUAUAUAUGUGUUCUUUAACAACCAGUUUUACAGGUGCUUCAUGGCCUUCGUCAAGUGCAGCGGGGAACCGCACUCUGUUCAAGGAGAGGAACAGCCAUCUCCAAGAAACCAACAGUCAGAUGCCUUUCAUGGUCGGAAACAAACCUCCUCCAGCCCUUCACAGCCUCAGUUCCUCCACAGCACCAGAAAAGCCACUCCCUGCAGCCGCCUCAAUGAAAGAAACAUCCUGUUUGUCCAUUACACACCAUGAAACAUUUUUCACUGGCGGUUUUCUUUUGUUUUAGCAGUUUUCAAAAAUGUGUUAAUAAUUUCUGUUUUCUUGUAAUCAUUACAUUAUAAGUCUGUGGCAGUUCUGUGCCAAGAAAAUAAACAGAAAUUUGCUCAAACUGAA